CAUACUGACGCACCAGCCGUGUGCUUUGUCAUUGUCUUUGAUAAAUAAAUAGCUAAGAAGCUUCCGAGGAAGCUUUUCACGGAGCUCACAGUAUGAAGACCUAACGAGGUACAACCGGGCCAAUGAAUGCUCAUUGACGAGGACAAAAGAGUCCGCGGGAGGUGACGAGUAGAAUUACGCGGAUGUUUUUUUUUAUUUUAAAUAAGAAAUGAUUGAUAUUGACAACAACUUCGGCAUGAUGGGAAGCUCCAAGAUGCCGCACAGCCACUCAACUCCGGCUGGCGUUGACGGUGGAAGUCGUACUCCGCCUACGACACCACGUAAAGCUGGAAAAAUGCUCGCCGUGAGAGUGCAAAUGCUUGAUGACAAAGUCACCAUGUUCCAAGUCCAGGCUAAAGCAUUGGGAAGAGUUUUGUUUGAUCAAGUAUGUAAGCAGUUAAAUUUAUUGGAGGCUGACUACUUCGGGCUGGAGUACCAGGAGCCAAAUGGAACUAAGUACUGGUUGGAUUUAGAGAAACCUGUUUGUCGACAAGUAGGUUUAACAAUGGUCGAUCCACUGUUAAGAUUCUGUGUUAAAUUUUACACACCGGACCCAGGACAAUUGGAGGAAGAAUUUACAAGAUAUUUAUUUUGUUUGCAAAUAAAACGAGAUCUUGCUCAUGGUCUACUUCAAUGUAAUGACAAUACUGCUGCAUUAAUGGCUAGUUACAUUGUGCAAGCUGAAUGUGGUGAUUAUGUAAUUGAAGAUUAUCCAGAUCAUACUUAUUUGUCGACAUACAAAUUCGUCCCGCAUCAGGAUCAUGAACUUGAAAGAAGAAUUAUGGAAAAUCAUAAAAAACAUUCAGGUCAGUCUCCAGCGGAAGCAGAUUUAAAUUUAUUAGAAACGGCUCGACGAUGUGAACUUUACGGCAUGAAAAUGCAUCAAGCUAAGGACCAUGAGGGAGUUCCAUUGAAUCUGGCGGUCGCGCAUAUGGGCAUCGUGGUCUUCCAAGGUUACACCAAGAUCAACACCUUUAGUUGGGCGAAAAUACGCAAAAUCAGCUUCAAAAGAAAACGAUUUUUAAUAAAAUUACACCCGGAGGGUUACGGCUAUUACAAAGACACCGUUGAAUUUUUCUUUGACGGACGUAAUGAGUGUAAAAAUUUUUGGAAAAAGUGCGUCGAGAAUCACGGGUUCUUCCGUUGCUCUGUUGUCAAACGCGUGUUGAGACAAAAAACGCGGGUCCUUAGUCGUGGAUCUUCCUUUAGGUAUAGCGGAAAGACACAAAAGCAAAUCGUCGAAUUCGUGCGCGAUAAUUACGUAAAACGUCAAACAUUUCAAAGGUCCAAUUCAUUCCGGCAGACUAGCGGUUGUAGGGCAUUGCAGGGCUCGGAGGGGGGAGGUUAUCGUGGCGCCACCCCUAGCAGCUCGCUUAUGGGCAGCUCCAGCAUCUCUGCCCACCCCCUCCUGCCCCUUGGCGACCCUGCCCUGGGAACACCUCAUCUGUCUCUGUCAUGCGGCUCGAUGACGCCGGAUUCUCCGACGACUGUGACGAGUGUCUCGAUGGGCGGGACGAGUCAUCACCGUCGCGACGACACAGCUAUGUCCUGUCGGACGCUCACCUCUAUCGACGUCCAUACACCAGCUACUCCCAAUCAAGUACCGGGACGACAUAUUACGGCUCAACAACGGAUAACAUCAUCAACAGGUCGUAUCAGCCCCUCUAACAGCAGUCCCCCAGAAUUUCCACCACCCCGACCCUUACCCCGACAUCCUUGGCAGCGUUCCGCAAGCUGUCGUGAGCUUUACGCGACUUCCUUCGAAGAUUCAGGUCGCGCGCGGCAGCCUCGCAAUGACAAGCUGGAAGCCGGGUUAGCAGACACCUUCCAGCUGCCAUCGCAAGGCGAAUUAGAUGCACCUGUAACUCGUUACGACGAGAGUAAUCGUUCGUACAGUGCAGCGAGCUCAAAGCUACCAUCGCUCGAUCACGACUCAGUGCCCGAACGCGUUUACAGCAGCUCUUAUCCCGGCACUUCCUCGGUCUCUACUGAGUCCGGGCACGAAGAGUCGGGACCAGGAGCUGACCUAUCCCACGACGAUUUGUCCCACGACUCCUACGAGCUCCUCGAGCGCGAGCACGAGUUUGAGUAUCCCGAGUCUUAUUCGAGUCCUCACGAGGACGACGACGAACAGGAGGCACUGUCUGAUCAGAGCGACGAAGGAAUCGAACACGAAAUGUUUCAAAUGGACUCUGAAACUGAUUCCUUCGUCAAACAUCGUUCUAUUAAAUCUACCGACAAACAAUUAUUUAAAUCUGUACUCGCGGAUAUUAAAAAUGUUAAUAAAUCAAAGUCUACGGAUCGGCACUCAACUCUUAAUAAAUUAGACAAUAAUUUAAUUGUUACAGAGGCGCGAAUUCAGCGUUCGUCGACGCAAAUCGAACGUAAAUUUGAAAUUAAAAAUAAUAUAGGUGACUCAGGUAAGCCGCCGUUGCCGCACCAGGAUACCGUUAGAAAAGACCCGGUUAUUUUACAAGUGCAGAAGCAAAAGUUGACUGUUUUGAAUGAAUUAAAGAGUUUGAAACCUAAGUAUAAGAUAACGCACGUGGAUUCCGAAGUGUUGAGAGAUGAGGGAAUAAUGCGACCUAAAUCCCGUAUUGACGAUGACUUGAGUCCGGUCGACGGCAAUAAAACAAUUUUAGACCAAGCUCGCGAGAGGACAACACGCGCUAGAAGUAUCGUCAGUCUGGAGGAUCAAAUUCAUCGGCCGUAUAUCGAGACCGGUAGUCUCGGAAGAAAUCACGGGAAUAAAAAACGGGAGGAGACUAGAAGUAUUGAGAAAUUGAUGGCCAAGGAGAGGAAAAAUAUUGAGAGAGAAGAGCGUAAGAGGAUGGAACGGGAUGUCAGACGGUGGGAUAAGAGUGAUCGCGAUAGGAGAUCGUCGAUGGGACGUGUGGAUUCCCGAGAAAGACGUAGUAUGGAACGACUUGAUUUCCGUGAGACUUAUUCUGUACGUGUGGAGAGAGAUGACAGCCGCGAGUUGCGACGCAGCAUUGAAAGACUCGAUUCAAUUGAACGAAAUAACGGGGAGAGAUUUAUUAUUGACACGAGUAUCAAUAAUAAAGAGCGCAAUGGCAAGCGUAAUCAUCGGGAUUCAUGCCGUGGCAAGAGUGUCGAGCGCUUGGAUUCGAGGGAACUGAGGAAGAGCAUGGAGAGAAUCGAUUCGAGGGAAAGCCGCAGAAGUCCUGGUAAGACUCACGAGUAUGAGAGACACACAUGGGAGCGGAUUGAUUCUGGCAACAAGAGUCCCUUUGAUCACCGCCACAGCUCUUCACGCGACGUACGUGGAAAGAGUUACGAGCGUCUGGAUUCCCGUGAACGAGAGCGGCCUACUUUCGACUUCGAUCCACGGACUAUUGAACGUCUGAGUUCGCUAGAGAAGACUGUGCUCGAGCGAUUUAUUCCCGCGGAUUCAUUGGAUAAGAGCUACGACAAUGGUAAUGGCAAAAAAUAUUCUGGCAGCAAAACUUCUGCUGACAGACGUAGUUUUAGUAGAGUUGAUUCUCGGGAGAGACGCAGUCUAGAGAGAUUGGAUUCACGUGAACGGAGACGUAGUAUCGAGUGCUUGGAGCCGUGUAGUGAAAAUUCACAUCGCCGGAGAGACACAAGAGAUAAAAAAGAUGAGCUGCCUAGAGAACGUGAUGACUGGAGAAGUUUGGAACGUGCUCGCAAAGAGGCCGAGCGGCUUGAACGUGAGCGACAGAUCAAAGUAUUUAUGGAGACACGUAAUGACGCUGAUUUACCACUGGAAUGUGAAGCUAAAAUGAAGUCAUCAUUUACUGAGUACGAUCCCAAAGUCGUUGGCGGAGUUAUUGUUGGCUUCGAAGAGACUUCUUUAGCGGGACACAUUCCCGUCGAACGGACCAAGAGCGAUCCUUGUCCUGGACGGCAGCGAAUUGGGUCGAACAGCAAGAGACAUAUGCUGAUGCACCAGAAAUCUAUCGAUCUUACGCCCGCCGACUCAGGUGACGAGGACGCGUUUAUUGCCGAGGCACCACGUAAAAGUAACGACAUUCCUUAUACACUUCACAAGCGCGUCAUGAAUGGGACAGUGUCUGAAGACAAGUCAGAAUCAGAUAGCGGUAAAAAUUCUACAAGCAAAGUCACCAGUAAGUCUAUCGAUUUAGUUAAACUACCGAUUAAACAAGUGACAGAUGUGUCAAUGCUAGAUUUAACAAAACUACCGCCCACUCCGAAUGCUAUUACAAAAUUGAUAACAGAUCGACCGAAGAGUAUUCUUAUAAGUCCUGACAAAACAAAGUCUCCAAAAAUACUCAGUCCUAAAUUAUCACCAACGGAACCUAAAAUAAUUCACAUAAAUACGGAAAAGACACCUACGGGUAUUUUAAAAUCACCUUUGAAGACGAUGGAUAAAAUAAAAAAUGAAAUAGCGAUGCACAAGUCUGCGAGCGUUGAUAAAAAAAUCCACAAGUUAUCACCUACUGAUCCCAAUGUCACGAUUAUUUCGGUGAUUGAUAAGAAGAGUAAAAAAUCACCCGCUGACUCCGGGUCUGAGCGGUCGCCUUCCAAGGGGCAGAGCCUAGCGAGCAUCGUUUGCUUGGAAAUGAAGCAGGUACUGGAGAAAAAGGAGGUUCAGAAAGAGCGGCUGAAGGUUCCGGACGACUCGCUAGAGAAGCAAGACAGCAUUGAGAAAAUUCCGCUGCCAGAGAUUCCUAUCCGAGGUGGAAUUAUCAGAUCACCGACAUUAGAAAGGUCUCCGACCAAAGACAAGUCGCCGUUGCGGUCACCGACUAAAGAAAAAUCACCCGUCAAGUCGCCGACUAUAAAAUCACCGACUAGAGAAGUGAUAACUGUUGACAUUGAGCCUCAGCCGCCGGCUACACCCACACACAGACCGACUACGCCGAUAAAUAUUCCACCGGCUUCGCCGACACGUAAGCCAGACGCAUCUCCGAAGACUUCAACAGCAACUUCACCAGCUAAAAAGCCUGAGAAACCAAAGACUCUUGAAAAGCCCAGCAUACCUGAGAAAACAAAACGUAUUUUAGAUCGUAUUGAGUCACGAUUCUCUGAAAUAAGUAAAAAUUCACCGACAAAAGUAUCACGUCCUAAAAUAAUAGACACUGGGUUUGAUGACUUCGUUGAUCCGGUAGCAGAUUUACCGCUUGAUGACGUCCCAGUUAAGCCAGCGUUUGAAUUGGAGACACUAAAAGUGCCUGACUUUAAUCCAUUUAUGCUGAGACCGCAUGCAGAGCCGCUGCGUUCAAAGUCGCUGUCGCUGGCUGAGGAGAAGGCGCCGAUAGAUACUCUGCUGUCACCGGAAGUUGAGAACAAACACUUUGUGCCAGAUGUGUCGCCGAAGAAAAUAAAAAAAGCCAAGUCGGAACCCAAGAAGGAUUUCAAGAAACAGUCGAAGUCACUUGAAGGCGACAAGCCGCCGCUCAAGAAGACGGGAUCCAAAGAGUCACGCGUGUCGCCGGCGACCUCUAAGAUAGACAAGUCGAAGUUAAAAUUAGACAUGCCGCAGGAAAUAAUAAUCAUUGACUCGACGGACGUUGACGUUGAUGUGGAACCGGAGAUCAGUAUUGUACAGAAAGGGAGAUCCAAGUCGGUGACCCGGUUGACUGAUCGCUCUCUGUCUAAAGAUGAAGAGCCGAAGAAACCGCGUGCUAAGUCCGCGUCCGUUGAUGAUGAAUUGAUAAAAGGAAUUGUUGUUUUUAAAGUUGAUAAGGCGCGGCCCAAGUCUCUGGGGAUUUCCAAGAGUCUCAGCAACACGGAAAAGGAUUCUAUCGACAGAGUAUCCCCGAAGAAAAUAAUGAAAGGCAAAUCUGUUGAUGGCAAAGUGUCUCCUAUUCGCAGAUCACCUUCUCGUUCACCCGCACGCAGUCCUGAUGCCAAAGAGUUGCCGGUCCUUAAAGACGAAGGCGAAGAAGAAGCGGCGGCUGAGGAACUUGAAGUAAAACCAGACGUAGACAAAGACGAGGAUAAGUCAAAAUUAAAAUUGAAUGAUACUGCGCAAGACAAAUUGGUGAUUCGUGAAAGUGGACCAGUGCUACGACGUAUGGAUUCUAUUCAGUCACCAGCUAUUCAACGUCGUGCGAAAUCUUUGGACACUACGGCGCCAUUGAUUCCGUUAAAUAAAUUACCACCAGCAAACGCUUUGUCUCCUAAAGACGACACCGUUGAUGACCCUGAUGAUAAAGCUCUGGAUAAUGAUAAAAAAGAAAUAAAACUAGCCAUUGAAGUAUCACCCAAUCAUCGUUCAGACAGCACUGAUCCUACUCCAGUACCAGAAAUUUUUACCGACUCGCAAUCAAUGACUGAGCCCUCGACUCAGUACCUCGAGUCACCGUUGAAUGAAUUCCAAGAUAUAACAACUUGUCCGGAUUUGAUUCCGUAUGAGCAAGAAAGUGGACAAGUUCAGCAGAGACCAUCGCAAGAAGUUGAAACGGUAACGACGAAGAUUAAGCCGGCUACGAGGUUCAUUGAUCAAAGUUCUGUUGAAUCAUCAGCGGAGCCAGACAUUGUUCAAGACAAUCAGAUAAAGCCCCUGAGCGAUGUUAAAAAGACCAAGGGGGAGAAGAAAGCCGAGAGUUCUAGUGGCACUGACAGCUCGGAGGGUGAGAAGAAAGGGAUUGAUCGUAAAAUGAAGACAAUUGGCUCGUCCCUAUCGAUCACUACUGACGAGGCAACUCCACGUGGUUCAAUUGAACGCGAUGAUGUGCCGAAUGUCACGGUGAGCAUCGUCGAGGGACAGAUGGAGAUGCCGAUUGAUUACUUUGAUGGGGAUGAUGCUCCACAUAUGGUUAAAUCGCCGAUUCAGAUUUCUAUUGAGGAGUGUUCGGAUGCCGAGGAAGAACCAUCGGCGAGUGAAGAACAGAAUGAUGAGUUAUUUGACCAGGCGGUUUUCCAGGCCCAGCAGCAGGAGAAGCAACGACUGGAUUCAGCUGGAGACACCAGUGAAGACACUUUGGAUGCUCUGGAUGCACAAAUUCAGAUGCAGGGACCUGACAGUGACGUCUCGUCGCCGGAUUACGCUGACAAGAUGGACGAGAAGACGUUGGUUGAAGUCGAGUUGACACCUGAGUACUUGGAGAUGCGUAAAGAGGACGAUGAAGAAGCUGAAGAACUCCCGGAAGAUGAACCACCGAGAAUGGACUCCGCGGACCUGAGCAACGCGGAUUUGGAUAAUAAAAAAUCACGACUGAGUACUGAACGAUCGAGAAGUGAAGAGACGAUAACUUAUACUCCGGAUCGCGAGGAUCCUGACUCAAGUUCUUGCUCAAUAGCCCGUCCACUGGGUAUCGGAGUCCUGCAGCCGAUUGUGGAUCACCGUGAGAUCGCGAUGAUCAAAGAAAGCCGCCGAGAACUUUCGUUGGAAGACGAGAGCAGCAGUGGAUCUCAACCAGGACCAAGAAUGGAAAUGAGUUCCACGUGGAAGCCAUUUCCUCUUGAGAGUUCUGGGAGUUCUAGUCUAGAAGACGCGGGCUGGAUGCCUCCAGAUAGCGAUCAGCAUCAUCAGUACCCGGAAGGUGCUUCGGGUGAAGACAGCUUCAGAGAAGACCUCGCAGACUAUCCGGGAGCUCUUGCGUACACAAUAGGUCCAGAAAUUCUAGCCAAUUACGGAGCUUUUGCUCUGUCGCGCACACUUUCACGUAUUUCUGAAAGAUCGACAACUUCCGAGCAAGAUAAGAGCGAUCUCGAGGACUCAUUUAAGCCGUCAUCAAGGUCACCGAGUCUGGAUGACGAGUCUCUGAUGUCUAGCGACCAUCAGCCUUCAUUGUCAUCAGAUCCGCCUUCUGGAACAGCUUUGCCGUCGGUUUCUGACGAUCGCAGAACCUCUUCAGAGCUCCCAGACAUUCCUAUAGACGUACCAGGUAAUCCGGAUGACGACACAAAGUCCCCGAGAACCAGGAGAUCUAGAUUGCAGUUACAGACUUCAGAAGACUGGCCAUCGCCUCCCAGCUCUCCGGUCUUCGAGACUCCGGUGGUCAGUCACGUGGAAACCUUCUACAUGGAAAUAAAACCCGAGGAAGCUGUCAAAGUGACUGUGACUGACAGCACCGAGACACCGCGUAACGAAGACAGUGACUCGAGCGACGAAAAUCGAACUCUGCAUGACGAUUUGCACUCGGGGCUGCUCGAGGACAACCAGAGCUCAACUUCUGCGACUUUAGUCGAUGGCACAGUUAAAAUAGUCGUCAAGCCGCGCAGCAAUUCCUACAUAACUGGUUCCUCACACAGCGAAGACACUUCCAUGGGUCUCUCCAUGUCCGAGUGGUCGAGUUCCAACAACACAGUCCGUCAAUUUUGCCAGUACUCUGGCACCAAGUCCGAUGACAACUCACUUGCCGAGCUCGGCGCUUCUAUUUCCGACUGGUCCGGCAGCACUACUGUCAUCCCCGGGCAGCAAUACUACACGGCAAUAGCCGCGGAAAAAAGCCAAAGUGACACUACGACUUCGGAAAAAAGUGUCACAAGCAUGCGUCCAAAUUCUAAAUGCCAAAAUGUCAAUUUAUCAGCAUCACGAGAAGACCUGACUAACUUGGGCUUCGAUGAUGACGACACCGGUUACCCCGAUGACGGCGAAGAAGGCGAAGGAGAUGACGAUCAAAGAAACGACGAGUUCAACGAAGCGCGCAAGUUUGUCGAGAGUCAAUUCGACGAGCACCGCAAACGCUACGACGAUGAUCAAUCGACAAACGCUUACACUGACAUAUCACCACCGCAGAUAGUAUUUCACCGUGACUACGAUGACGAGGAGGAAGAAGGAGUCGAUGAAGAUUUGGAGUUCGGUGCAUUGCCAAGUAUACCUGUGCCUAUUUUAGAAGAAGAGGAAGAAGACGAAGACCAACAUCUGUAUGACAAUGUGCCGGUACGUAAUAUAGGCCGAGGAAGAAUGAAGGUCAGUCCUGCUGACAGCAUGUCAGAGGACACCCAAGACAGAUACUCUGGUCUGGCUUCAAGGUCGAGGUCUGGAGACGACGAAUGGAGUUUCGAAGAACCGCGAGUUGAAAUGAGUCUAGAUGAAGAUCGAUCUUCCCGGGCAUUAAAAGAAGCUGCUCAUAAAUUCAAUCGCGGGUACUCGGACCCCGUGCCUCUGGACAACAGACGCGGCACCAGGUCCACUCAGCGACCUGUGAUUUUUCCCAAUAGAGCUAAGUCAACUCCUUACUACUCGACGACGAGCUUGAGCGGGGAGUCGACGACCUCCAGUCCUCCGAUGCCAGUGCGCACGCAAAUACGAACUAAGACCAUGGCAGCUUACGCCGCAUGUCGCAGUCCCCAGAGCGAGGGUGACACUUCCUCGAGCAUGGACAGUCCCGCACACACUCCAGACCGCGGGCAACGCGCUUUCAGGCGCAAGCGGCAGCUCAACGCCAAACGACGGCAUCGCGUCUCGAUGGACUUGGAGAUAAAAGACGGACACGUCGUCUCCAGCACGGAUUCUAGUUUUGACGUCGCCAACAUUCCGCCCCCGCUCCUGAUCGAGGAACAGGAGGAUGUAAAUCCCGACGAAGAGGAGGAAGAUAUGAUGGAGACUCUGGGUCAUGAACAAUAGAUUCUGUAAUUUAUUUAUUGAGUUUUAAGUUUUUCGAGAGGAUUUUCGAGACUGAUAACAACGAGAUACGUCAAUAGACUAAACGAUUUAAUCGUUUUAAAUAACACAAGCAAUGUCGAGUGCUCGUGAUGGCUACUUAAUACAGGAAUUGAACUAUAAAAAAUAAAUAGAGAUCAAAAUGAUUUUUUUUUUCUUCAAGCGGAAUGUCUUGGAGAGAAAAAAUAAUCGCGUAAGCAUUGUUGAGUAUAGAACUGUUUACGAUAAAAAAAUAAAUAAAAAAAACACAAGUUGAGAGGAUGUUCGAUUGAGGUGUAGAGCAGUAGAGUCUUAGUGCUAGGCUUGUAGUUAGGUCACAAUAAAAUACUCGAUAGUAUUAAGUCGUUACUAAAGGAAUUUAAAAUAGGAAUGAGUAAAUCAAUACAAUAAAUAAUAAUAUUUAUUAUUAUAAAUUAAUUCAUUAAUUAAUUGAUUGAUUGAUUGGUUGAAGGAACAAUAGAACUGACGAUUAAGUUUACAAAUGGAUGACAAUCAUCGCGCCACGCGUCAGUCAUCAAUUAUUAACAAUACACUUUCCUCCCUUAAUCUACUAUAGCAAACGGGUAAUUUAAUAAAUCUCAUAUAUAUUUAUAUA